AUGAGUCAUGUGUUUCUCUUCGUUUUCCUCAUACUAAGCAUUUUUCUUUCCUUAAAUGUCAAAGCACAACAGAAUUACUCAGGAAAUUCAGUACUUAGCCGCAAGAACUAUGACAAAAUGGGUCCUUCUCCUUCAUUCCUUUACACUUGCAAUGGCCUUAACAAAUCCUGCAUGGCUUUUCUCAUCUUCAAAUCAAAACCUCCUUACAACUCCAUACCUACAAUUUCCAACCUCACAUCAUCAAACCCAGAAGAGCUUGCCAGAAUCAAUGAUGCCACUUUUCUCACAGUGUUCCCAAAUGGCAAAGAGGCGAUUGUUCCUUUGAACUGUUCUUGUUUAACUAGGGACUAUUACCAAGCUGAAACCAAAUACAUAUUGGGUCCAAACCCAACGUAUUUCACAGUGGCAAAUGACACGUUUCAGGGUUUGGCCAGUUGUGAUUCUCUCAAGCGUGCCAACCCAUAUGGGGAAUUUGAUUUGCUUACUGGCAUGAAAUUGCACGUACCACUCAGAUGCGCUUGUCCAACAUGGCAUCAGGCCAGAAAUGGCACCAAGUAUUUGCUGACAUACUCGGUAAACUGGGAUGAUAACAUCUCAAAUGUUGCUACAAGGUUCAAUGUAUCAGCAGGUAAUCUAGUUGAUGCUAAUGGUUUUUCCACACAAACACAAACCCUUUAUCCAUUCACAACUAUUUUGAUUCCUUUGCCUAGUGAACCAGUGAGUUCAAUGACCAAAGUUGUGAAUGAUCCACCAACCAUGUCACCUCUUCCUGUUUGCACCUCAAAAAAGUGUAGCUCAAAGAGAAAACUCCACACUGCAAUUGCCACCACAGGGGGUUCCUUGCUGGUUGUGUGUGUUUUUUUAUCCAUGGUUUUUCUGUUGAGAAAGAGGUUCUUUAAGGGAGGUAAAGAGGGUGAGAAAAUAAAGCGGGUCUGUGCAGAAGAUAUCCGCGGGGAAAUAGCAAUUAUUGAAGACGACUCCUCCAAAGUUUACGGUUUUGAGGAAAUAAUGGAGGCAACUGAAGAUUUUAGUUCAAAGAAUAGAAUUGAAGGUUGUGUGUUUCGUGGGGUAUUUGGCAAUGGCAGGGACAUAUUGGCAAUCAAAAAAAUGAAAAGAAAUGCGUCCAAGGAAGUGAUUUUGCUGAAAAGGAUCAAUCAUUUCAAUCUGAUAAAGCUGCAAGGUUACUGUGAAAAUGAAGGGUGCCUCUACCUUGUUUAUGAAUAUAUGGAAAAUGGCUCCUUGAGAGAAUGGCUUAGCAAAAGCAGGUCCACGGAGCAUCAGAGUUGGGUAAAGAGGAUCCAGAUUGCUCUGGAUAUUGCCAAUGGACUUGAGUAUCUUCACAACUUCACAGAACCUUGCUACGUACACCGGGACAUUAACAGUGGAAACAUUCUACUAAACAAAGAUCUAAGGGCCAAGAUAGCAAAUUUUACUCUCGCUGAAGAAUCAGAAAGGAAAAUAACUUCUAGCUGUGCCACAUCGCAUGACGUUAAAGUGAAGGGUUUUAUGGCUCCAGUGUAUCUGGAGGCUGGGAUAGUCACUACCAAGAUGGAUGUUUAUGCCUUCGGGGUGGUGCUGUUGGAAUUAAUCACGGGUAAAGAUUCUAUUGCCAUGCAAGAUGGAAGAGAAGUAAUGCUUCAUGCAGUCAUAGUAAAUCUCAUUGGUACAGAAAAUGAAGAAGAGAAGGUGAGUUUGUUCAUUGAUUCUAGCCUCACUGGACAGUGGGAAAGUAUGUGCUCUCCAGCUAGUUAA